UUGAUAAAUCAGAGAUGUCAGACUGUGUAGUGUACCAGUAUUAGUCUUGUUAACAUAUUAUUUUAUAGAUUUGUUCCUGAUGAGAGAUGUUCCUAUUGUGUCUUAUAAAAUUACCCACAGCCCCACCUCAAAAAGCAAAACAAAAAGAAGUAUUUUGACCUAUUUACUUAUAUGACAUAUCGAAGUUAGCAUGAUUACCAAAGAAGGGUAGAUUUAUUUCACGAUCCUGGCAUAAUGAUUGUGUUAAUGAAAUUUAAGACUUCAACACCUAGCAGGAAAAGGGGUGAAGCGUUGAUUUUACUAGAACACAUCAUUGACACCAUAUGUAUCGGAAUAUUGGAACAGAAAUAAAGGUGGGGAAAGCAUGAGAAAAAAAUCAUUUCAAUUUGGUGUCAUUUCAACUUGCUGACUGUGCUAGUCUACUGGGUGGUGUCUCUCAGAUCUGUGGAGAACUAUUCCAUGUUUUGAAGAAAAAAAUUGGUUUGAUAAUCAAGCCAUGGACACUAACUUAUCGUGAAGAGAACCGAGAUACCGUGUAUUGGUGGACUAUAGGAAUGUGGAAGAUGAUGCUGAAAUGUGGAGGGCAUGGCAUGCUGCUGCUAAUUAAUGACGACAGAGGCAUAUAUAUGGAUUGAAGUCAAGAUUAACAGAUGAAGACUCUAGUGAUCUGAAAAACAGAGAUGUUUUACCGAGACAAAGACUGUUCGGGUGUUCAUUGGACUACAGUGAAGAAAAUGAACUAGGUUUAAACUGGCAAAAGGACUUUGAAUCAAGUAUGUCAAGCAGUGCAAGGACUAGCUCAUCGUCUCCAUCUAGUGGAUAUACCAUCAAUUCAGGUAGGCAGACCCCAGACAGACCCUUGUCAGAGUCUAGGACAACUUCUGUUUCAAGUCUUCGAAGUGACUUGUCAGAACUUACUGCAAGUCCAGUGGCUUCUCCUCAAAUUAGGUUGCAUAAUCCAAUGCUAGAAAAAAUACUGAUGGAUUCGGCAACUUUGCAAAGCAUGAAUCUCAUGACCACUGUUCAAGAUUGUUCCUGGAAGAAAAAGUCUUGGGACAGGCAAUUGGAAAUGAAAAAAAAAUUGAACAUUUCAAAGUCUUCAAAGAUUCGAGAUUUGGUGUUGCCUGAGGAAGAGCAGGAAGAAUAUCCAUUUGCAAAAUAUACUUUUAAUAAGAAGCCGGAGAAGAUUACCAGCAGUAGCUCAGAAGUCUCUAUUGGAUCCAGAGACUCCAGUUUAAGUCCUUGGGACUCUACUACUUCAGCAAAGUACAUUCGCCAUGUUAGACAUGGAUCAUCAGCAAGUUCACUGAUCAGUGAAGAUUUCUCUAGUCCAGAGACAGGUACAAGCAGUGGUUCAUUUGGUACCAGUAUUUCUUCCAAACAGUCUAACAUAGGCACUUACCCUCCAUCACCUGAACAAUAUUAUUCCACUCCAAUCUUUCCACAGUCAUUCCAACCUUAUAAUAAACCAUCUUCCAGUGUAAUGUCUCAACAGCCUGCUUUGAAUGAACCAGAUGAAAUUCUGUGCAAUCUUGGAUUUGGGGAGGGAUCAGAAAAUUUUCUUCCAGAGAGGUUUGCACAAGAUUGGCACAGGAAAAUCCAGCAGUCAAAAAUCAACCAAGUUAAGCAACAACUUGAAAGACUACAGAUGGAAUUUCAUAAUCCAUAUGUUUCAGGCAUGGAAAACAUAAACAAUCCAUCUUUUGGACACACAGCCCCGCAAUGGAAAAGUCAGGCUGACCUGUGGCAAAAUUAUAGCAUGAAUAACCUUGGUGCUCAAGCACAAAGGCAAUACAUUAAUAUGUCACAGUUUUCUCCAGAUGAUAGAGAAAUCCAGGAGAGAAGAAAUUCUGAUGGACGCUUGAGUAUCAGCAAAUUAUAUGAACUUUUGAAAAAAGAAAAUCAACACUUUCAAGAUCAUGACUCAACAACUUCCAAAGACAUGAAAAGAAAACAGUUUGCCUGUCAACGCCAAAAGUCUCUUCCAACUUACUUGGAAACCUUGGCUGAAGAAGAUGAAAGUCGUACUACAUCUGGUAAAGGAAAAAGAAGCAAGAUGGAAAAAGUACUAGAGGCACAUUCAGAAAGUAUUUCUUCUGACGAGAAGUCUAGGAGCCAUUCUCAAGAUGUGAAUUCUGACACGAGUGAUUCUGGAAGCAGCAACCAGGAACUGCAAGAAAACAAGAUUCAGAGUCAGAUGCAAUUGAAACACGUGGUCCCCAGUAUUAUGAUCUGUCAGAGUCCAGUCAGAGAUCAUAUAGAUUCAAAAGACAGUUUGGAAGUAGCUAAUAUUCUGUCAUCUAGUAGUGAUGAUGAACGAAGAAAGAACAAUUAUAAGACUGAGCUUCAUUUAGAACCAGCUAUGCUUUCUAUGGUGCUACAGGAUGCAGACAACACUCCAUCCAACCAACUGUUGACUGUGAUGAGAUCCAGUGGAAAUGGGGAGUAUUCAGAAGACAGGCUUCACCCAGCCUCACCAUCAUCUGCCUCUUCUGUCUCGCCCUGCCCUUUUUCUCCUGUGACUGUUAUUGAGGUAAACCUGGACAAUCAGAACGACAGCAUUGAUACUGAGGAAGGAGGAAACUCAAAUCAGAGUGGUAGUAACUCUAUGGAUAAAGAUAGUAAUCUAGGGGACAACCAAAUUAAUGUGUCACAUUCUUGUGGAAGAAAGCUGAAAGGAAAAGACCUCCCUUUAAAACCGUCUUUAUUGGUAAAUCCUUCAGAAUCUUUAAAUGCAGUGGACUGUAAGUUGAAUUCAGUGAAUUCUGUAUUGUCGUCUGCAUCAUUUUCUCAUAAAACAUCUAUGCAAUCAGAUUCUUUAGCAUCGUGUGAAGCAUGUGUUCAGACAGAGGAAUUGAACUUAUCACCUCUACUAAGUUUUGGUGACUUUGAUGGCUUUUUGAAGAAAAUUCUAAAUGGUGAAAAUGAUCAUCUGUACAUUGCAGAGGACAAGGAAAUUCAAUGUGAUCUGAACAGAGAAAGACACUGCAUUAACUUCAUGACACAGAGUUCUGGGGACAAUUCCGAGCAGACGUCUGUUCUUCAGAGUCGCAGGACCUCAGUCACGUUUGCUUCGCCGGUCGCUAGCAUCGUGGAGAAGACGAACAGUUGUAGUAGUCAAGACAGCAGUAGUUGUGUAAGCACAGAAGUACAAACAGAUGAGGACUACAGUUGUAUUUGUAAGAAGAGGGACCCUGGGGAGUUACAGAACAGUGCUAAGUCCUUCCUGGGGCUCACUGAGGGGUCCUACAAUGUUAAAAAUGAUGCAAACUUCUCUAGAAUUUUCUCUUCUAGUUUUUGUGAUAGCAUUUCAGAAGAACAAAUGCAUGGGAGAGGAAAUAAUAAUUUUCUGUCUCCAGAAAGUUCUGGGUAUAGUCCAUUGGAGAUCACACUUGAUAGAUUGGAAAACAAGGCCCAACAUUGGAGAAAUGUUAUAUCUAAAAAAAGUGUUACAUCUACGAAGAAUGGGGAUUAUUAGGGACAUGUACAGUAAAUAACUAUUUUUUAUUAAGUGUUUUUUAUUGUUAAAUAUGUUGAAAUUAUGUGCAUUCUUAAGCAAAUGUCACUGUAUGUAUUUUGAAGCAUCGAAGUUGAACAACGUGAUGACAAAUGUAUGAUUAUGGUGCAUUAUGAAUUACUAUAUGAUUAGGUCUUUAAUUAUUAAUGAAAGGAUGACAAGAAUUAUAAUUUGUUUACAUCAUGUAUUUGAUUUUUUUUAUGCUGUUUUAUGCUAUGAGUGCAUGUAAUUAAUUUAUAAACUUUGGACAGACUGAUAGAAGAAUUGUUGGAUUAACCAUGUCAUGUUUUAGGUGAGAAUGAUAUUGAUUUCAAUAAUCUCAGGCAACCCAAAUGUAAUUCACUGUCUACCUGGCGACCAAUGGACUUGAGGGGUUACAAAUUAAGGAUUCACAACUUCCAGUGUCAGUUCAUUAGAGAUGGUUAAUGUUGUCAUCGGAUGUGCUGGUCACAUUUCUGAUGUUACAUUGUGAUGUUUAUAUUUCUGUAAAUUAAAUAUCUGGUGUGCUAAUUAAAUCACUGUCAAAGUCUUUUAUGUUUACACAUAUACAGGUUAAUGAAAAUAGAAUUUUCAUAUAGCGAUACUAGAAGUCGGAGUAAUGGUACAAAAGUUGAGGAUAGGCAGAAUACAAAAGACAAGGAUGAUAUUGAUUUACUUAUAUAUUACAGUAGCACUAAACAAACUAUACAGAUUUAAGAAACAUCAAUAUCACAACACGAGAUGUUAGAUCUGGUAUUUCUGUCUUUAUAAGUAUAUAAUGUACAUGUAAGUAUUGUAUUUCCCUAUUUUCCAUGAUUAUACAAAGAAUGCCUUUUGAUGAGGUCAGUUCCAUUUUCAGGACUUUUUGCUCAUUCUAUAUUCAAGAGUUUGUGAAUUAAUCCACAAAACAGUAGGGAAAAAAUGCAAGGAAACAAAUUUCUCAUUGAUUACUCCUGUGGAGGAAAGAUCCGGAUUCACUGGUUAAAAAUUGGCAAAACCUUUAAUAUCAAUAAUUUUCCAAUUCCAAACUUCAACUAAUGAAGGAUUCUAUUAAUUCCAUCUCAAAAAGGAAACCAACCAAAAUAUGAAAAUAAAAUUUUAAUUCUUGCAGGAUGAUUUUAUGUAAUGUACAUGUUAAAUGAUUGGAAAAAUAAAUGCCAAUUUUUAGUGCUAUUAAAUUAUUUUAAUUUCUUUCAAAACUUUGCGAUGACAACCACAAGAAUACGUUUAUUUUCAGCCUUAUUUGUGAUAUAGCUGGUGUUACAGUAGCGAUAUCAAAUGUCUUGUUGAUGACAUGGCACAAGUUUAAUAAUGAUAAAUGACCAAGUAAUGAAUGAUUAUAAACUUAAUUACCAUUACACACGGAACAAAACAGAUUUUGUAACUAUAUUUCAAUCUUUGAAACAAAGAAUUGAAGAUCCUAAGGUUCUUUGAGUGUGCUAUCUAUUCUUAUGGCUGAGUACUUAGUUAAGCAUUAAACAAUUACGGUGCUGAAGAUAAAACAAAAGCGUACAGAAAUUGGUGUUAGGAAUGUCUCUAGCUGCAACAUAAGUGUUGUGUGUCCUGUUGACAGACCCUAACUCUGUCCUGCUUCACCGAACAAUAAGCGGUUGAUUACAAGAUACGGGUUUUUUAAUUGUUCAUUAAAGUUACAAUGUACCUGCUUAUUAAUGAGAAAUAAAUGGAAACCUGUGUUUGGUGAAAAA